UUUUAUAAUAAUACAAAGACAACGAUAAAUUAAUAAUUUUAUGGUGUUAAUUCAAUAUCUUACGGUUUAACCAGUCUAUUUUUAUGACUCCUGAACGGUACAACAAUGGUUGUUUGUAAAUUCUUUUUACAAGGAAACUGCCGGUAUGGCUCUAACUGUCGAUUUGAACAUAAUUAUAAUUCUAAAUAUGUGUACCACGCGGGACAAACUCAGGCUCCCAAAGAGUCGACUGCACCGAGCCAGGUGACUGAUGAACAGCUCGUCAACCAAGUACGGGCUGACGUGCAGGCGGCACUGAAGGGUGGCCAAUGGAUACUCUCCAGCUACACCCCAUUCAAAGAGAAGCCGGCAUUGCCUGGCAUCAUAGACCUGUCUCCUGAAGAAGCCAGACUAUUCAUUUAUGAGGCCAAAGCUAACAAUACCGUGGACCAAGCGGUUGCAUACAUGAAUAAUCUGUUCCAAGACGCGCGCCAAAAAUAUGAGCUGUUGUUAAACCCUAACCCUUCAAUAAUCAACACUUUAAGAGGUCUAUAUAAAGGAGAAGUGGUCACAUCUCCUUUCAAUGCCCAGAACUCUUUUGGCAUGUCAAAUGAUGCGGCUUCGUCAGUCUUUAGAAGUGCCGUACAAUCCCCAUCAGUAUUCCAGAAUAAUGCAGCAAAUGCUAAUACGGCAGGAUCUAUAUUUGCCCAGAAAGCCAGCAGUGUGUUUGGACCAAGCCCAGAUGCAGCAAAGUCUAUCUUCUCACAAGCCACUCAGAAUGUGUUUGGACCUCAACCUGACACAUUUGCACCUGAUGCCGCAAAAUCAAUCUUCGCUCAAGCCAGUCAGCAAGUAAACCAGAACGUAGCUCCGCCAAAUCAGAACAUUUUCCAAAGUCAGCCUCAACAGCAUGCUUCAAGUAUAUUUGCGACUGCGUCGCAGCACUUUUUCAACAAACCAGCAGAAUCUUUUACUCAGCAGACACAAUCAAGUCCAUUCGCUCAAACUUCUCCUUUUCAGCAAGCCACUGCCACCACACAGAAUGUGUUUCAAAAAUCAGAACCAAGUAAUAUCUUUAGAAGCAGCGCUGCAUUUAAUGGACGAACUGCUGAUGACACAGGUGUUUAUAGCAAGAUGGAAGAACUUAGUCAGAGUGAUUUAGAAGCAUUUCAAAGUAAUGAUUUUAAACUGGGAUUUGUACCAGAAUUACCCCCACCUCAAGCCCUGUGUGCAUUGUAGUAUAAAAAAUUAACAAAUACCUAUAAGUACCUACAACAAAAACAUUGUGUAAGAGUGUAGGCUUUUGAGAUAUGGCUGUAUAGAAGAAUGUUAUAGAUAUUGUAGGUCCUGGAUCUCGGGAUCCCGGUCGUACUUCAGUCCCGAAAUUUUCCGAAAGUUCCCGGGAUUUUAGGGAUUCAAAUAUUUUUUUAUAUAAAUCAAUAAAAAUGUGCGUGAAAAGAAUGUGUAAAAGUGUGUAGAAUAUCCGCUUCUCGUCGUGUAAAUAUUGAUGUAUUUUUUGUUAAUUAGUGAUAUCCUAUCAAUGAAUUUAGUAAUAAUGCAUUGCAUUAAUGUGUCUGAUUAAAUAUAGAUGAAAAACAA